UUUGCGAGACAAACUUAACGCGUGAGGAUCGACACUCUUAUAUAUUUAUAUAUAUGGAUAUUUAUUUAUAUUUUUGUUAGAAGUUUAUUUUUCUAGUGACGGGAUCGGAUUAAGUAGAGAGAGAAUUUUAAUUUCUGUUAUUUUAUUAAUUUAAUGAAUGAACUGUGAAGAGAUAAUAAGACUGUGCAAUAGAAAAAAUAUAAUAUUUAUUAUUUUAUGUUUGAUGGUGUGGUAUGUGCAUUAUUGGAAUAGACGAUUAGUUAAAAGAGAACCCAAGUUCGAUUUAUUUUAUUGAUUCAUUUUUAAUUUGAGAUUUUUCGCGGUAAUUUUAAAUUGAGAUUCAAAUUUACGAGGUAUUUUUUUGGUUUGAAUUUUUGAGUGAUGCCGCGGGAAAUAAUGUGCUAGUUGUCAUUACCGGCUGAAAAAUGUGGACGUAAUUAACAAUAUAAAUUUAAGGAAAAAUAAUUAGUAAUUAUAAUAGUAAUUAUAAUAAUUAAGUGCGCAAUGAUGAAGAAGGAAUUAUUGGCAGUGAAGUUUUUUUUGUUUUUCACGAUCGUAAAUUGUGUGAGUUUUGAAACCCCGAGAUUGAAUGGAUCUGGUAAAAAUUCACGAAGAAAUCAUAAAUACUCUCAUCUAAAUGGCGAGGAAGCCGUCGUCGCUGCUGCAGCGGCCGUUGCCGUGGCAGCAACUGCUGAUUACCACCCAGAUUAUCUACCCCAAGAAUCUGUUCACCCAACAAAUAAUAACAACAACAAAAACAAUGAAAACGAGAACGAAUACCGCGGAGGAAAACUGAUAGGAAAAUGGCGGAGCACCGGCGAAGCCAUCGAACCAAAAUGGCGGGACGGCGACUCGAUUCCAUUGGUGCCGUUCGAAGAAGCCGCCACAAGACGCAAGAUCCCUAAAACCCGCGACAAAGUAGCAACUUCUUUUACUAUCAAUUACCCAGACAAUUUACCAGAGUCCGUCCCAAAGAAAAGUCCAAUACCCGAGCCCUAUUCAACUGGAUUUUCAAAUUCUCCAGCUUAUCAAGAUUCAAAUUUUCCUAUCAAUAACAAUGGACACGUUAAUUCACAAGUAAUUUACAAAAAUCCAUUAAUUAUUAAAAAUUCACAAGGAUCCAUACCAGUUUCGAUCCCCGUUCCAGUUCCAUUAAAUCACGAGCCAAUAACAAAUAAAUUACACGAAUUACAUUUAGCUAAAUUACGUUAUCUAAGUAUUCCAUUAUCAAACAUCAAUUUACCUAUACCUGAAAUAAUUCCAUCUUCCGAAAUAACUCCUCAUAAUUAUUUUUAUACAACUGAUGAAAAUAAUAACAACACAAAUGGAUUAAGAAUUGUAAAUAGACGUUAUCGUACCAGGAAACCAAAGCCUGUGACUAAAAUACCGGAAGAAGAUUCACAUACUGGUUACGCGGAGGAAACUAUUAAAACAAGUUUGUCUACAACACCUAUUACAACACCUAGUUCAACAUCUACUACUUCAACAACUACUUCUUCUACAGCUCCAAUACCAACAACAACAACAACAACAACAACUAGUACGACCACACCGACACCAACGACGAUUACCCCGACGACCAGCGCAAUUACGAGCACGGAUCCAUCAACGGCAUCGACAACUAACGCUCACGUAACGGAAAAAACUAAACAGGUUACUAAAGUUAGACAGAGCACCCGUACUACUGAUAAAGUUAAUCCGUUUGAAAAUAAAAACGAGUAUGAGCUAAAUGACGAGGAGUCCCAGCGACCGAGGCCUAGAAAACGUCGGCCGCCAAGCAAUUAUGAGUUCGAGCUCGAGGACAAAAGCAGCCCGGGAAAUUCGGAGCUCAGAAGCAAGGAGAGACCGGUGGUCAGUCAGAGGAGGAAUCGCACCAGAAAUAACCAGACGGAAGUUAAUAAAUUAGAGAACACGGAGCUGAAAUCGCUGCUCAAAAUGCAGCAGGUCGAGGGCACCAGUUUGUCGGAAAUACUCCAGAGACGUAAUUUGAGUCUCAGUGAUUUAUUGAAGCGGAAAUCGGAAGUUAUCAAUGUUCUGAAGAACAAAGACGGCGAUGAUUUAGAUAACUCUGGUAGCAUUGAUAAUAUUACUAGUAUAUUUAAUUAUGAUAUCAAUAAUAAUAGCAGUAGUAGUAAGAAUACUAGUGACAAUAAUGAUAAUAAUGAUAACAGUAAUGACAAAAUAAAAAAUUCAAUCAAAGAAGCGAAUGAACGCAGGUGGAGACGACCAUUUAGACGUAACAAAUUACGUGUACCAUCAAGAAGAACGACAACAUCACGAGCUCCAGUAUCAAAAGAAUCAACAAGAGAAGAAACCAACCCAGAGAAUAUUGAAGUUGAUAAAAAAAAAUCAACUGAAGAACCUAAUGAGAGAAAGUAUAACGAAAAACUUUCAACAAUUAGUAAAUUAUCUCCGUCUGUAAUAUUUCCACGGCUCAAUUCGUUUACUAAGAAACCUGUUACUUUAAUACCGACAUCGACAUCAACGACAGCUAAGCCAGCGACAACAAAAAACCAAACGUCGGUUAUAAAAGAGGCUACGGAUGAGCGCACAGCUAAUGAGGGCCGAUUAAAACCGGCACAGAGUGACGAGGAUGAGAUAAUGGAGUUUUCGGAUUUUUCAACGGUUUCUACAGACGUUGACCAGGACGAGGCCGAUGGAGACAAGACCGAGAGAUCUGAUUUCCCGGUUACGGAGAGAAGUGAUACAAAUUAUUAUUUCAACGGCGGGAACACUAUUUUUUCUAGAUACGAAGACCUGACUAAAGACAUAGGUUCGACUUUGAGUAUCGAGCAUAUUCUGACCACUCAGCCGCCGACGAAGCCGACGAAAGCCGAUCCCAGUUACCCCAUUGACGAAAAGUCCAACAAUUUGUUCAGCGAAUCUGAGGACUACCAGAACGACGGACUCAAACACGAGCAGGAAGUCGAUGAAGAAAAUUUUGGCGGCACUACCCUGGGAUACGAAGGAACUGAUGACCUGGACUAUGACUCCACUCCCAGUACUAGUAAUUUUAGCAAAGACAAAAAUAGAAAUAACGAAAUUUAUGAACGAAUUGUCUCUGAAAUGGAACCGGAAGUACGCGCGGAAAUUUUUGAAUUAAUCAGCACCGGGUCCAGCGCUAAAAGACUCGAGGAAAUUUUACGAUCGCGUAAUAUGAGCAUCGAUGAACUCAUUGCUUUGAGACAACGCGGAUCCAGUCGCGUUCAUUUGGCCGAACUGUCGAGACUCAGGUCCAAGUCUGGGUCGGAGACUAGUGACGAUGAUCCUGUUACUGAACCAGUUACCAGUACGGAGCCUAGUAGGAAUGAUGAUGAUACUGAUGAUGCUGAUGAUGAUUUGAAGAAAGAGCCGAUAAUUAUUGACUUGUUCGGCAACAAAGGAUUCGAAGCCGGGAUAAUUAAUGAGGAAAAAAAUGAAACGGGUUCAAAAAAAAAUGUACUAAAGCUAGAUGACUUGCUGAGUGCUUUUGAUUCGCUGCCUUUCCUGCGUAAUUACACAAUUGACGAUGAAAUUAUUGAAAAAGUAUCGACGGUUACUUCAACUUCGACGACUGAGUCAUUUAAAUAUGAGAUUAAAAAUAUUUUUGAUGAAUUUAGAGCAGGACAAGUUGGAUUUCCUGGUGAUAAAGCAGCCGGUGGAGAUGCUACUGGAAUAAAUGCGCAGGAAAUGAAGAUAAUCAGAGAUGAGUUGGGAAUAAAUGACAAGCGAACUGGUAAAAAUAUAAAAAUAGAUGCGAGUAGUAAAGAAAAUGAGUCAAUGGAACGAGAAAUGGGGACAGUUGAAGAAAUAGUUAGUAAAUUUGAGUCACUGGACACUACGGAGGAGAUAAAUCCAACGGUACCAGAAGUUAAACCGGUUGAAAUAAAUCUUGCUGGAGAAGUUGAGAGAAAAAAUUUGUCAAGAGUGAGACCUAGUAUCAUUGCCAGUGGCGCAAUACUGGGAAUGACCAUCGUCGGGUUCCUGGUGAUCUUCAUUGUGUGCAGGAUAAAACAGAAGCAGAGGUACAGGUACAAAAAUUCGUUUGCUAAAACGGUUUUCCAGACACCGGCGAUGUCUGGGAGAAAAUUGUCCAACUCGAGCAGUUUGAACACGAUAAUGGUCAAUGUCGUGGCGACUUCGACGGCGAAGCGCGCGGUCCAGCGGGAAACUCAGCAAGUUGAGGAACACUUUGACUGCAGCAAAAGUGACAUCGACAACGACUCGCUUGAUGCUAAUGACAGCUGGGAAACGAUACCCGAUUUUAUGAAAUGAUUUUGUUCAUUUUGAAUUAAAUAUUUAUUUGUUACGUACUGACGGUAACGGAAACAGUAUUUGUUUAGUAAAUUACGCAAGGCUGAUUUAUUCUAAAUUUAUUUUCAUCAUUUUUCAAAUAAGAUUUUUAUAUUUAUUUUUCAUGUAUUUAUAAUUAAAUAUAUUUUAUAUAUAGUUAUAAUAA